AUGUUCAACCUGGACAUUGUUUGUCUUUAACUACUUAAGAGUCUAGAGAUGCAAUUCAAGAAAAGUGAUGAGUUACUUAUCAGAGAGCAGGUUCUCAAUAUCUACAACAUUUCUAACAUUUUCUUCUACUCACUCAUAGGAAAGUUCUUGUUUAUAACAACAUCAGUACAUAAUGUUAUCUUAUUAUCUUUUGAUGUAAUCUUACUCUACUUGAUGAUUUACUCAGGUAGACUAUUCAAGAACUAUUCAUUCAGAAUUGAUCUCUUGGAUGCAACACUACUAGACUUGGCUCUCGAAUCUGAAAGAUCUUUUGAGUUGUCGGGUUGA